CCAGACACUUUUUUCAGGGAGAUUCAUUCUGAUAACCCGAUCGUAGUUUGAAUUUAUUUUCAGCUCUAUCUGACAAUGUAUUUUGUGCUUACUGUUAUUUUGCCUCUGCUCAUGCUUUCCUUCGGGGAGUGUGCAAGUGUCAACGACACACAAAGCAAAAUUGCCGCCCCGUAUCCCAGUAUGAUUACCGUGUUGAAUGGACAGAGAUGGGGAACAUGGGGAACUGCAGUGAAGUGUCCUUCAGGCACAUACGCUACGGGCUUUAGCCUCAAGGUUCUGACAAAUCAGGGGAUUUGGGAUGACACAGCCCUAAAUGGAAUUGCCCUUCAGUGCUCUAAACCGAUCGGGCCUACUGGUUAUGUCGGGCCCUAUACAACCAUCAGGACUGCUGAAGGAAGUUGGGGAACCUGGACACAGAACAUCUGGUGCCCCAGUGGAGUACUCACAUCUUUCCAGCUGCGAGUGGAGAGUUAUCAGGGAGUGUUUCGAGAUGACACCGCUGCUAACAACAUCAGGUUCACGUGCACCGGAGGCAAUGUGUUGGAAGGCAGUGGAAUGAGCUGGGGUAGCUGGGGUACCUGGAGCUCAGUUUGUGGUGGAACUGGGAUUUGUGGGCUCCAAACGAAAGUGGAGCCACCUCAGGGCAUAUCGGAUGAUACAUCUCUCAACGAUGUCGUCUUCUAUUGCUGCUAACUAAGCAUGAACUGACAAGAGGAGAACAUGAACAUGAAGAAUAACAGCUCCAUAUAUAAUCAAACUAAUGAUCUCUAUAUUUCUCAUGAAAUGAGUUCUCUAAAUAGAAUAUGAAUCUUUCAGUAAUCACAAAAAUGUACUCGCUGAUGAUUCUGUCUCGUUUAAUAUCCUUUCCUAUACUGUACUUUUGAAUGGAAAAUCAGUUUUGAAUUACUUCAUGAAAUAAAACAUGUUAAUCAGCUUAA